GUAAUCAAUAAACGAGGGCGUGUCAGAGGUGUGUGUAUUCAGUGUUUACGUGUGUGUGGCCGCUCACCUGACUCUUUUCUAUGCCUUAUAACCCGAGCGGACGGUAGACCGAGAAAAUCGCUAGCGGUCAGACGUCCCGGACCUUUUCCGAUUCGGAGAUUCUCGGUGGCUACGUCAGGAGGGUCCCGGCUCAUCGUAGCGGCAUCUAGCUACUCUAGUCUGGCAAAGGGCUGCUGUCUUCUGAGUCAGUGAGUCCACGAGAGUCAUGACAGAAGCUACGAUCGACUUCGUCUCAGGAUGGAUUGGCGGCAUUGCCGGUGUGGUGGGAUGCCAUCCAUUUGAUACUGUCAAGUGCAGGAUCCAGUCCCAGGGCUCAGGGGAGAUCCCAGUGAGGUACAGGAGUGGCUGGCACUGCUUCACUGACACUCUCGGAACUGAAGGGAUGAGGGGUCUGUACAAGGGAGUCCUACCCCCGGUGCUGGCCCAGGGAGCCAUCAAUGCCAUAGUGUUUGGAGUGGAAGGACUCGCCCACAGGUUCCUCCAGACCCGCCUCAGAGAAGAGCCGUCCAAGGAGGUCAAGAUUGGCUUCCUUGCCGGGAUGGUUGGCGGGUUCGUACAGAGCUUUGUGUGUGCCCCGGUGGAACUGGUCAAGUUGAUAACCCAGCACACCGCAGUUGGAGAGCAUAGUGUGUAUCGUGGCAACUGGGAGACUCUGAGACUGGUGUACAGGAGAGGAGGUGUGAGGGGGUGCUAUCAGGGCUUCUGGGUGACUGCGUUUAGAGACACGCCUGCUUUCGCCGUUUAUUUCGCUUCGUACUAUGGGCUGAUGAACUGUUUCGCAAGAAGGAAGGGUGUUAGUAGGGAGGAGUUGGGACAGCAACUGAUUUACCCUUUCUUCUGUGGCGGGCUAACGGGAAUGAUCACAUGGACAAUCAACUAUCCCGUGGACCUCGUGAAGACUAGGAUCCAACUCGAUGGAACUGACGGGAGGCCGCGACAGUACAGAAGCUCGUGGGACUGUUUCGCGAAGGCAUGGAGAGAGGGUGGAGCCAGACUCCUCUAUCGCGGGCUGGCUCCCUGCUACGUGAGAGCCUUUGCCAAUAACUCGUGUCUGUUUGUGGCCGUGGAAUUGUCCAAGAGAGGCUUUCAUAGACUCCAUAGUGGUGAGAGCAGAGGUCUAUAAAUCUGUAGAUGAUUUGAGAGUUUUAUCGUCUAUUCUCGGCAACGUAGAGGUUUGUUUGUUUUGGUGCCAGAUCUAUAGUUUUGUGUGUUGGCUCGCAGUCAGUUUUUAGCCCAGUUUAUUACCGUUUUCCCGUCAUUAUUAAUUGUGCACAGGUGUAUUUUUUUUAUACCAAAGCAGAUUGUUUAUUUAUUUUUGUGGAAAGAUAUUAUAUUUUUUAAACGAGGG